AUGACUCAACCAUUGUUUUGUACAACUUUUCAAACAGGGGGCUCUGCUCGAGAUAUCUGGAUCUGGGUUGAGAACCAGUUCAGGAACAACAAGGAAGCACGCACUCUUCAACUCGAUCAUGACUUGCGCACUAUGGAAAUUGGAGAUCCCACCGUUCAUGAGUACUGCCAGAAACUGAAAUCGAUCUCUGAUUUAUUAGCUAACUUUGAUGCCCCUGUUGCAGAUCACACGUUAGUGAUGUAUCUUCUCAACGGUUUGAAUGAGAAGUAUGACAACAUAAUCAAUGUCAUAAAACACAAGGAGACAUUCCCAUAUUUUGACAACGCGAAGUCUAUGCUCCUGAAUGAAGAGACACGCCUCAAGCGAUGCAACAAAACUCCUGCAACAGCCGACAACUCCUCUACCUCAACAGUGCUCACGGUCGCUACUGACAAUCAGAAACAAUCUCCUAGACCAAACAAUGGUAACCGUAGACAAAACUUCAGAGGGAGAGGCCGCUGA